AUGGCGUCGCCGACUGCGAGUCGGUCCAACGUGACUCCAUACCUGAUUUUCCUGGUCUUCGUCGCAACACUGGGCCCUCUUCAGUUCGGCUUCCAUCUGGCCGAACUAAACGCUCCCCAAGCCGUCAUCACCUGUGAGAAAAAGAGCAUCACCUCAAUCGAUGCGACGGCUCACCUGCCCCAAUGUAUUCCGAUGAAUGCAUCCCAAUUCGGCCUUGUCUCCUCUAUCUAUACGCUUGGUGGCUUCCUCGGGGCUCUCCUGUCGGGCCCGCUCGCUACCAAGUCCGGUCGGAGGCUGACCCUGAGGAUAACCACCGCCUUUUUCGUGCUGGGCUCCAUCGCGGAGGCAUUGAGCCCUAAUAUUGCUACUCUAAGCAUCGGGAGGUUCUUAUCAGGAAUUGGUGCUGGUGCCUCGAUUGUUGUCGGGCCUAUCUUUGUGUCUGAGAUCGCUCCCCCGCAGUCUCGGGGCUUUUUCGGCGCCUUCACCCAGGUCAUGACCAACGUCGGAAUCUUGCUAACUCAGACUCUCGGAUACUUUCUUAGCCGGGACAGCUUAUGGCGGAAUAUACUGGGCGUGGGUGCUGCACUCGGAAUUGCCGAAUUUGUUGGCUUGCUUCUAGUGCCGGAGAGCCCAGUCUGGUUGGCUGACCAUCAACACACCAACCAAGCGUUGCAGGUCCUUCAGCGCAUCCGUGGGAAAGAGGCCGAUAUUGAAGAAGAGGUCAGGGCCUGGAAGGCUGCUUUGUCGGCGGAGAAUGGUGCAGGCGAGGAGGAGUCCCUGUUGUCACAACAACACACCGCGCCUCGGAGUCCACCCGUUACAAUCUUGACGGCCGUCACGGAUGAGAAAUAUCGACCCGCUAUCCUUGCAGUGGUCAUCGUGAUGCUUGCCCAGCAAUUCACUGGUGUUAACAGCAUCAUUAUGUACAGUGUCUCGUUGCUGCAGAGCACCCUACCGACAGCGGCUCCACUUCUAGCAGUACUAAUCUCUGUCAUAAACCUUGUCGUCACUCUUGCUUGCUCUCCGCUGCCAGAUAAAAUCGGCCGCAAGAGGUGUCUUCUGUUGAGCAUCAUAGGCAUGGGUUCUGGGUCCGUGCUUCUGGCCAUCGGCAUCUCCGUCGGUCAGAAGGUCGUGUCGGCUCUGGCAAGUCUAUUCUUCGUGUCCAGCUUUGCAGUCGGACUGGGGCCUGUCCCAUUCAUUCUUGCUUCUGAGCUCGUGGGGCCCGAGGCAGUUGGCGCGACACAGAGCUGGGCCCUGUCUGCCAACUGGAUUGCGACCUUUAUCGUCGCCCAGUUCUUCCCCAUCCUCAACGAAGCCCUGGGGGGCGGAAAGAUCUACUGGAUCUUCGCGGCACUGUCUGCUCUUUUUGGAUUCUUGAUCUACUUGAGAGUGCCUGAAACCCAAGGCAAAUCCAGUGUGGACGAAGUUUGGGGCAGGACCGAGGAGCGGCGGAUAGACUAA